AUGUCAAGACAAUGCCUACUAAAACCAUCAACAUCAUUAAUUACAACUAAGAUAAGUUAUCAUUACAAAGUUAAUAAUUCAAUAUUUAUAAUUGGAACUAGAUCCAAAUCAUCUAAAUCAACUGUAACUACAAAUCCAGAAUCAAUUGAUAAUUCCAAAUUUGAAAUUCAUAAUGAAAAACAAUUGCCACCACCCACAUUGGAUAAAAAUUCGAUUUAUAUAAUAUCUUUACCAAUUACAACUUUAAAAUCAUUUGUUUAUUGUAAUCAUCAACCAAGUUUAUUAAGUUCUAAAUCAUCAGAUUUAAAUAAUAAAGUACCAUUACUCCUUAAACUAGAACACAAAGUAGUGAAUUUAGCUAAAAAAGGUUGGACCAAAUUAUCAACAUCAAAAUCAAAUAUAAAUAUCAAAAUAACAAGUUUCAUAAAGAAAUUAUUAUUAACUAUUCCAUAUGAAGAAAACUGUCUUACUUCAUUUCCAAAUAAACAUGCAAUGAUAAGAGAAAUAAAUAAAGAAUUGAAAGAAAAUGAUAAUAAUAACUUAACAAUUCAAUCGGAGAUUGAAAAAUUAAAAAUUCCAAAUGAUCAAUUAAAACCUAUACCAUUUUAUCAUGCAAAUUUUCAAAAUUUAACGACUAUUUUAAAUCAACUAUAUAAAUUUAAAUCUGAAAAUGAAGAGAAACAUAAAAAAUUUGCAAUAUUAUGUGCUAUUGGUAUUCCUUUAACUUUGCCAUUUGCGUUAGUUCCUGUAUUGCCUAAUGUUCCAGGUUUUUAUUUAGCUUAUAGAUUAUAUUGUCAUAUUAAGGCGUUGUUAGGUAUCAAGCAUUUAAAUUAUCUAUUAGAGAAAAAGGAGAAUAAUCAUGUUGAACCAAAACUGGAAGAAAUUGCAAAUGAGAAAACUGUGACUGAUACAUCACAUAUUAAGUUUAAAGUAAUUGAAGAAAUUGAUAAAAUAUAUAAAGAGAAUAAUGAAAAUUUGUCUAAUUUGGUUAAAGAUUUGAAUGCUGAAGAAUUACAACCAGAUGAUGAGAAUGAACAAUUGAUAAUUAAUAAAGAAAUUAUAAAUGAAUUAACUGAAAAAUUAGAUUUAUAUCAUAUAAAAGAUGAUUUGUUAAAAGCAUUAAGUCAAGAAUCAAAAAAGUUAAAUAAAAAUAUCAAAAUUGAAGAAACAGUUGAAUAA